UGCCACCAAACUACUUUCAAACAAAAAGAAAAAUCGAUGACUGGAAAAACCCACCAGACCAGAGCAAUUGCUCGUUUUCAUCGCACCUUGGCGGACUUUCCCAUAAUAUCCCAUUUCCUUAUAAAGCAAAUCUAAACCCUAACUUUCCCUCACUUUCCCUCCUCCCAAACGUCUCCGUUCUCUCUCCCUCUCAAUACCCAAAACCAUGGCAUUAACUAACCAAACCAACCCCCUUCACAAGCCAUUCCUUCCGCGACUUUCUCCCCCUCCUUCAACACCCGCAUUUCCCGGCCCCCACCUUUUUUCUCGAAAUAUCCGCCUUGCUUCUGUCCGAUGCUCUGCCGCUGCCGCUCCAUCUCCAGCUGUGACUGCGUCCAAGGAGUGUAAGGUGAAGUCUGUUAAGGCCAGGCAGAUCAUUGACAGCAGGGGCAAUCCGACGGUCGAGGUUGAUCUGAUCACUGAUGAUCUGUACCGAUCGGCGGUUCCAAGUGGUGCCUCCACCGGGGUAUAUGAGGCGUUGGAGCUCAGAGAUGGAGACAAGAGUGUUUAUGGCGGAAAAGGCGUUCUCAAUGCCGUCAAAAACAUCAACGAAAUUUUAGCUUCUAAGCUAGUUGGUGUUGAUGUCAGAAAUCAAGCUGAAGUUGAUGCUAUUAUGUUGGAAAUUGAUGGGACUCCAAACAAGUCAAAAUUGGGGGCUAAUGCCAUACUUGGAGUGUCUUUGAGCGUCUGCAGAGCAGGUGCAGGGGCCAAAGGAAUGCCCUUGUACAGGCACAUACAGGAAUUGUCGAGAACAAAGGAGCUUGUCAUGCCAGUUCCAGCCUUUAAUGUGAUAAAUGGCGGCAGCCAUGCUGGAAAUAAUUUGGCCAUGCAAGAAUUCAUGAUACUUCCAGUUGGUGCUACCUCAUUUGCUGAGGCUCUACGCAUGGGUAGCGAAGUUUAUCAUAUACUAAAGGGUAUUAUCAAGGCUAAAUAUGGACAAGAUGCUUGCAAUGUUGGAGAUGAAGGGGGUUUUGCUCCUAAUGUUCAGGAUAAUAGAGAGGGAUUGGUUUUGUUAAUAGAUGCAAUUGAAAAGGCUGGUUACACAGGAAAGAUCAAAAUUGGGAUGGAUGUUGCUGCUUCUGAGUUUUUCACCAAGGAUGGGAAAUAUGACCUAAACUUUAAGAAGCAACCUAAUGAUGGAGCUCAUGUACGCUCAGCUCAGAGCCUUGGCGAACUCUAUAAGGAGUUCAUCAAAGAUUUCCCUAUCGUGUCUGUUGAAGAUCCAUUUGACCAAGAUGAUUGGAGCUCAUGGUCUUCACUUCAGUCUUCAGUCGAUAUCCAACUUGUAGGGGAUGAUUUAUUGGUCACAAAUCCAAAGAGAAUAGCUGAAGCCAUUCAGAAAAAGGCUUGCAAUGCCUUACUUCUAAAGGUAAACCAGAUUGGCACGGUGACCGAAUCCAUUCAAGCAGCACUUGACUCAAAAGCUGCAGGUUGGGGAAUCAUGGUCAGUCACAGAAGCGGUGAAACAGAGGAUAACUUUAUUGCCGAUCUUUCUGUUGGUUUGGCCAAUGGACAGAUCAAAACUGGAGCUCCUUGCCGAAGUGAGCGAUUGGCAAAAUAUAAUCAGCUUCUGCGCAUUGAAGAGGAGCUUGGAAAUGUUAGAUAUGCUGGUGAAGCUUUCAGAUCUCCUUAGAGAAGAGAGAGCAUAACCUUGUUCAUUUUACUGGAAUAAGAUCUUGCAUGAAUUUCAGCAAUGAUGAACCUUGGACGAACUGUAGAAAAUUUUGUAGUCAUUUGAGCUUAGAUAUCAUAAAUAUCAUCAUAAUCUUACGGAUACGUAUCAAUUAAGUGUUCUCGGUUUUGCUUAAGUAAUACAAGUGUACUUCUAUUAUGAAGUUUGCUUCCCAAGUAAAUGUUUGGGAUAGAUGGAACUCAACCAUGAUCACCAAUCUAGCUGAACCACUAUCAUCUGUAACUAUGUUGUGCCUUGUGAUGAAGAAGUCCUUGCCAGAUUCCUGGAAUUUUGUUGGGUCAUCGUAUUUUAAGUAUCAAAUCACUUACAGGAUCAUGUAAUUUAAUGAAGCUGAAGAUAUAGC